CAAACGGUGAUGGCUCCAGCAUAUGGAAGAUGGCUCUCCAUUCAAAGAAGGAGAAGCAUGGAUGUGGAUGAUCUCUUAAAGAGUGUUCCGCGUCAUGCCACGAGUUCAUCCUUCCCCUUCUGCACUUCGAGUCUAUGUCGAGUUUGCCGGGCUUUCCUACCAUCACCCCAGUUGAAGCUGAGCAGUCUUUCGGCGUACUGUUCGUCUCAUACGGGCUGGCGGGUAUCGCGUAUGGGUUCACAAUAUACCUGAGCUACAGAUAUUACACGACGUACCUCGCCGACUCGGCCUCCACUAAAGGUUUUGUACUGUUUCUGUUCGCCCUCGAUACAGCCUGCAUAGCACUAUUGUCCCACGCGUUUGUGACCGUCUUUCAUCAACUACUGGUUGACGGACGUAUUUGGCCCAGGACAUACUUUUAUAUUGUUACCUCGCUGCCGUUCAUCGCUGGUAUCGCCGCCACCACUCAAAUAUUCACGAUAUCUAUACUUCUUUCGUCAAUCAGCGGAUCUGUUGCCCAAUGCUAUUACGCUAUCAGACUAUGGCGCUUACGUCUUGGACAUGGUGCACUCAUUGGACUCCUCUGUCUGGUUUCCUUGGGAUGCAACAUCGUGCUUUUCGUAAUGCGCAUUCAUGAUCCGUUGAUAGCUCAUUUAAGCCACCGUUUGCCGAAGACAAUUAUGAUUUUCUCAUUGGCAUCCCCAGUCGCCUCGUCACUCUUCAUUCUUUUCGUGCCUCAAAACUGCUUGCAAAUGCCAACUUCCGAUCCCUCGCACCAUUUCGCAGUGUCCGAGUCGUCCCUUGUGACGUUCUAUAAGGGCUCCGACAAUUUACUGACGUUGCUGAUAACGCAUGGACUGGCCGGGCUCUUACUUCAAUCAGGGGCACUGAUAUCGUUUUGCGUUCGACCCGAAAAGAUCUUUUAUCUUCCUUUCUUUCUCCUAUCAAUGAGGUCAUUUGUAAACGGACCACUUUAUCUGCAAGUCAACUUCAUUUCCAAACCUCCGAGACAAGGAUCUCAUGCAGCAGAUACUAGGCUGAACACAUACCCGAUACCGGGAACACCGAGUACGAACGCUUCUGCUCAAGAAACCAAGCUUUCCACUCUCCGAAUGGUGCGCUUCGCCCAGAGCACAGCAACGACGACGAGUGGCUCUCAUGCCAGGGAAUCGGCCGACAUCGAAUUUGACCAACCUUCGCAGCGGAAAUUGCCUUCAAAGAUGCGGCCUGCGCAAGUGGAGGAAUUCGAUUCUGAUUCUCCGGCAGUUCGAACCUCUAGGAAAGCCCCGAUCUACGAAGGCGAAAACGAGGAUUAUGAUGUCGGGACCGCAUUGUGAUCAGCUAGGGCUGACUCGGGGUAUUCUUCGUCCGAGUGUAAGAUUGGACAGCCACCUGCGUAUCAAUACAGAGAAAGUGUGAAAUUGGAGCUUAUGAUUGAACCCGUGGGCACACUACUGAAUCACGUGGUGUUCCUGGAGCAUGUUAGAAGCCAGGUUCAUGCGUCCUGUAUCAGUCGGUGUUCUGUCAUUCGUCGGCUUCCGAUGUCCGAAGCUUUCCGGGAGUCUUGCACUAAAGUGCAACUCGACUGGGCACAAAUUAUACGACCCACAGAGACCUUGUUCUGUUCAGGAAGUUUAGCGGCCCACGGACCAACCAGAAGAUCUUUGUGAUUAAUAUCCCGUUCGGUAACCAGAUAUGACAUACGUUUGGUUUCUUGCUCCAUUUCACAAUCAAGCGCCUUUGUCUCCCCGGAAUCACUAUCACAACGACUCUUGUUCACCUUUCGGCAAGUGCACGGGGUCCUGACGACGGACACCUUCUCGAACAGAUCAUAUCUCCCCCAAAGGUCUAUUUGAGGCUAAAGAGCUAGGUCUGGGUGGCACUCGACAGUCACGAGCCCCGAAGCACUCGAAGGCUCGAAGAAGGUUAUGACAGGCGUUACGGCCCACUCGCUCCAGAUUGUUCCGAUCAGGAAGCGGCACACGACCCU